CUUUAACCAAACGUCCAUCGUACUUAGUUUACUACGUGUCGUUAGAGGUUAUGUUACUUUACUAACUAUCUGAAUAUACAUUUAAUUACACAAAUUUUUACAAAUAUUAUAAAGUAUGUCUAGAAAAAAGUUAGUGUCAUACAUUAGGCCUGAAGAGCCAAAAUUUUUAAGAGAAUUAAAAGAACAAAUUAAAUACAAGGAAGGACCAACAAUUAAUACAAAGAAAGAAACUUUGCCACGUGUCUCUGACAAUGAAGAGGAAGAUAUAGACGGAGAGAAGCCUCUUGUUGUUGUAUUAAAUUCAGGAGACUUAACUGCGGAAGAAGCAGAAGCUUAUGAAAAACAAAAACAAAAAGAGGAAGCUGAAGCUCCGAUUGAUUUGUCUAAACGUGUAAUAUUUAAUAAAGAUAAAUUGAAAAAGAGACAUUCAGAUACGAUUGACGGAUCUGCUAAUAAAAAAGUUAAAAAGAGCAAACACAAGAAAGCUGUUUUAUCGUUUAACGAUGAAGAGGAAGAAAGUUUAGGAUAAGAUGUAAUGUAUGUGUGUGUGUGUGUGUAUGUGCGUGUUUGUAAAUAUUAUAUUAUUUAUUUUUUAUUUACCGAAUAUUUUUUGGUAAUAAUAUCUGUUAUAUUCAUUACCAAUAAUAUUUGUAUAUUCACAUUAUUUUUAUUAUCUUGUGUACAAAAUAUUAUGACAAAAUAUUUGUCAUUAAUAAUUUGAUGCAAUUGAAAUUGUAUAAAUUUCAA